UUGUCGGCCAUGAUUGUCCGAACGGUUGGACGCUGUACAACGACCAUUGUUAUAAACUGCGUAAUUUAAUCAAACAGUCCUGGCAGAAUGCCCAGACCAUGUGUACAUACGAUGCUGCCAAUCUAUGUAGCGUGGCAGAUGACUUGGAAAACUAUUUUAUGGCAGAUGCCUUUGGUGCCUUUGGAGAAGACAGUGACUGUGCGUGGAUUGGCCUACAGGAUUUUUCAACUAGUCAACGCUCCUACGAAUGGGUUGAUGGUUUAAACUCUACGUAUUUAGGAUUUUCAUACGACUACUAUGAAGACUAUGCCCUCUACGCCUGUACUGUCAUAUGCUUUUCUGACGGCUACUGGCACAAACGAGCCUGUGGUAGCCGGCAAAAAUACAUUUGUAAGAAACGAAUAGACGGCACUACUGUACGACACACUGUGCCCCAAACUGCCGAUUUCUCUAACGGGCUGGAAUUUGUUGCCAUAGCAACUGUGGUCAUAAUGAUUCUCAUCUUCAUUGCACUCGUGUGGUCUUUUAUUAUUUUAAAUGCGAAGUCGUGUAAGAAAUAUCGUUCCAAGGGAGACAUUUUAAUACCGUCGUACAGUCGAGUCAAAGAGCACCCAAUGGGUACGGGGGUGGUUCAUGAUCUCCCUAGCGUCUCGGAUUCAUCGGAUUCCAAGUACGGGGAUGAGGAGUAUGUGAACGGGGCUUGUGCCACUGCGCAUGACGGGCCAGAGUCCUUACCGACAGUUGCCAUGGCUGUAAGCAAGAUGACCAAUACUGGUACCGACAAUUCCGUAGAUCUGAAAACCAUAUCAGCUGCGACUUUACAAAGCGUUAGCGAUGAGGAUUUGUUGACGCCGGGAAGGCGACAUUUGUCGUCCAAACAGAGACUGUCACCCGGCACGAUUGAACUUAGACCCCUUGGUGGCGCUAUGAAUACGUACAGACGACUGCCAUUGGCGACAUCGACAUCGUCCUGGGAGACUACAGAGUCGCCGUUAUCUUUAGACUAUUCUCCAAGUGACGAUUUGAAAGAUGGUUCAGAAUCAAAACAUGGAGUAUUCUUUGUAUGA